CCUAUUACUCGCUCGCCCAAUCGCAGCCUUCCUCCCACGGCUGCCGCGCCGCCUUGCCUCGCCGCUCUCCUCUCUCCCGUCGCAACUACGCCGCAGCGGCCUAAUCCAGCACCGAGGUAGGAGACGCGAUAGGUUUCUGAACUUGCGGCGAGAGGCCAGCGAUGGCGGAGGCGGCGGCGCCGAUCGGCUUGUCGUGGGCGCCCAAGCUGCCUUCCCUAGCGACGACUAGCGGCAGCAGCAAGAACGACCCCGCGCCGAACCCGAGCACCGCGCAGGGAUCGCUCUGGAAGCCCGGGAGUGAGCUUGUGGACGGGCUGUUCGUGCCCCCGAGGGACCCCAGGAAGGCCAACAAGUUGGCCAGGAAGAACAUCAAGGACACCGCCGGCAAAGGCUGGUUCGACAUGCCGGCGCCGAGUAUCACUCCUGAGUUGAAGAAAGACCUAGAGAUUUUGCAGCUGAGGCAUGUAAUGGACCCGAAAAGGCACUUCAAGAGAGCAGGAAAGUCCAAGGCCCUUCCCAAGUACUUCCAAGUUGGUACAGUUAUUGAGCCUGCAUCUGAGUUCUUCUCAAGUAGGCUGACAAAGAGGGAGCGGAAGACAACGUUGGUUGAUGAGCUGUUAUCUGAUCAAUCUCUUAAGAGCUACAGGAUGCGCAAGGUACGGGAAAUUCAGGAGAGCCGUACGCCAGGAGGCAACCAAAAGUGGAAGAACAGGGGCAAGAAAACAUUUAAGAGGGCCAAGGAUAGGCGAAAAUGAGAUCAGUCUGUCUACUUACGCAUGAUUUGCAAGAAAUAAGAGAGCUGAUGAUUGGAUCCAAACAGAAAUGAACGAGGGAGUAACUUCAAGUUUCAGUAGUACUUUCCCUCAAAUUUGCAGUAUAGAUUGUGAUUCCAGUGUAAUGUGAUGAACUUACGAUGAAUGCAUUUUGAGUUCUAAAUAUUAGCAGGUGUAGCUGAACAUAAGAAAUGUUGGUUGAUGUAUUUUCCCCCCACUUUGCGGUAAUGAGCUUAGAGCUUCAGAUAUGCUGGGAAGAUUACGGCCUCAAUAUAUAGGUUAUGCGCACUGUUUGCUCA